CACCUGUCAUCAUGGCAAUAUAGCGAUUUAGCUCUUUCUUGACCUGACUACAGCAUUAUUUUGUUGAAUAAAAGGAAAACAGGCCUGAAAUCGUAGUUUGUUAUACUGAACCACGCACUCGACGAAAUGUAUUUACAUCUUCAAUCGAAAAGUAGAUUUCACGAGCUUCAUUUAACCACAGCUUUGCAUGACUGGGAUAUGAACGAGGAAAUCAAAUUAACCACGACAACUGAUCAGUAUUAUCAGGAUGAGAAACGGAGCGAUCAGUAUUUGGCGCAGUGGCAUUACGCGAGAAUCUCGAGGAGAUCUUUACCAGCGACAGACGCGACGUCACAUUACCCAACCAAUGAGAAAGAGCCUGAAAUUCAACCUAACCUGUGGUUGAUGGUGAACCCCAGUUUAGCCUGUGCUAUAAAGUAUCCUGACAGUUAUCCAAAAGCACCAACACCCCCAAAACCGACUACUACGCUAAGAUCCACCACACCUGUUCUACAUCAAAGUUUGCACCCAGUGAUGCUGCCUGAUGAGACCUGCCUGAAUGAGUCAGUACACGACACCUCCCUAUCCAGCGAGUAUCAGUUAACGGAUGAAGACGAUGCUUCCUCUGUAGACGUGCCCAUUUGCCGUAAGGUGAGAGGUACACGUCGGGGCAGGGCACCCAAAGGCACCACUCGCAAGAUUGGUCUUAUGCAGAACAGAAGACUUCAGAGAGCCCUGCAGGACAGCGUAAAUCUGAAAAGUGGGGCAUGGCCGAGGCCACCUGUUAACUACUGCAUCCUUAUUGCCAUGGCACUCAGCAGCAGUCGUACCGGGAGUCUUAACGUACAGCAGAUCUACAACUUCACCAGAGAGCACUUCCCAUUUUUCAUCACCGCUCCAGAUGGGUGGAAAAACACAAUCCGCCAUAACCUGUGUUUCAGUAACAGUUUUAAAAAGACCCCACAGCAGGUAUCUGGGGAUGGGAAGAGGAAGUCGUGUCUCUGGCAUCUCACCUUGGAUGGCCGACAGAGACUCAAGGAUGAGAUUCACACGCUUACAGCGGAUUCCUUCAGAAUGCUAAAGAGGAGCAUGAACUAUCCAGAUAUGAUUAAAGCGUUGUUACAUCUGUGAUUCUGUUGACCUCUGACUUGUAUCGGGCUGGACAAGUGAACCUUCUCGAAUUUGUUUUCCACUCUAUAAACUUGUAAAUGCACUUUUAUUUCAUAAUGUUAUCUUCUUGUUGUAUGUUUUCUUUACUGAAACACUUUCUUUUUCUUUGCAUAAAAUCUAAAUAAAAUGCAUCAAAGUA